AGAGGGGCUGGGCUGGUUCAGGCUCUAAAAGACCCCGGCCCGAAGCGCGUCAGAAGGGUGAAGAGGGACGGUGGUCUCUGUUGCAGACAUUUCAUGAUGAAGAUCUAUCUGUGCAUUUUAGCCCUAAGUUUCGGGGCCUGCUUUGCUGCUCCAAGUUUAGAUCCUGUUUGGGAUGAUCACUGGUUGAGCUGGAAAACAUGGCACAGCAAGAAGUAUCAUGAGAAGGAAGAAGGCUGGAGGAGGAUGAUCUGGGAGAAGAAUCUGAAAAUGAUUGAAUUGCACAACCUGGACCACAGUCUAGGCAAACACAGUUACAGACUAGGAAUGAAUCAUUUUGGAGACAUGACAAAUGAAGAAUUUAGGCAGGUGAUGAAUGGCUUUAAACAAUCUCGAUCUGAAAGGAAAUAUAAAGGAUCACAGUUUCUUGAGCCGAACUUCUUGGAGGCUCCAAGAUCAGUUGACUGGAGGGAGAAAGGUUAUGUAACACCAGUUAAGUCUCAGGGCCAAUGUGGAUCUUGCUGGGCAUUCAGUGCAACUGGUGCCCUUGAAGGACAGCACUUCCGCAAAACUGGCAAGUUGGUUUCCUUGAGUGAACAAAAUCUGGUUGACUGUUCCGGGCCAGAAGGAAACCAUGGCUGUAAUGGAGGACUCAUGGACCAGGCUUUCCAGUAUAUCAAGGAUAACAAUGGCAUUGAUUCAGAGGAAUCGUAUCCAUACAUUGCAAAGGAUGAUGAAGAAUGUUUGUAUAAGCCUGAAUACAACUCUGCUAAUGAUACCGGCUUUGUGGACAUCCCUGAAGGAAGGGAAAGAGCUCUUAUGAAGGCAGUGGCUGCAGUAGGACCAAUCUCGGUGGCUAUUGAUGCAAGUCAUACCUCCUUCCAGUUCUAUGAGUCUGGUAUUUAUUAUGAGCCACACUGCAGUAGCGAAGAACUAGAUCAUGGUGUUCUUGUUGUUGGCUAUGGCUUUAAAGGUGCAGAUGAAGACAGCAGGAAGAAGUAUUGGAUAGUUAAAAACAGCUGGAGCGAAAACUGGGGUGACAAAGGCUAUGUAUACAUGGCUAAAGACCGAAACAACCACUGUGGAAUAGCCACAGCAGCUAGCUAUCCUAUGGUAUAAAUGUGCAAACAAAGGCGUCUCCUGGAACAGCCAUAGCCAUCUUAGUUUGACAGGCAGAUGAACCACUGGAAUAAGGACUCCAGCUUGUUGGCCUCUCUUGCUGCUUUCUGGGGCCACCAAACUAUUCUGGCACCAAGACUUUGAACUGACAAUUGCACAUGUUUUCUAAUACAUGAGAUGGAAUCUUCUUCUGAGAACCAAAUUGUGAUUUAAUUUUUUUUACCUUGAAACUUAUGAUGUUUACUUGAUGGCAAGAGAAGCCCUCUUUUUUAAAACUUCAGUGUAAAUGUUGCUUAUGAGCCCAAGCUUGUGAUAUUGAUAACUUGCAGCCAGCAGUUUUGUUUUUUAAACUACAACUUGCACAAAGUAUUACAGCUUCCAGAAAUAAAUACUGUACAUUUCA